GAUAUGUGGUCUAGCGGUCACCUUGCCAAUGGCAUGUAUAUACAGAAUGAUUGUAAGUGGUUUAGGGGUUAUAUAUACAUGGAAUACAAUUGUCUGAUAUAUAUAUUACUCUUCCUGGCAGAAAAUCGGAGUAAUACUAACAGAAAGUUGAGGAGUUGCACAGCCUGUAUAUUGGGAAUGGUAUAAGAUAUUGUACUAUAAUGAAUGUAGAUAUGACACAUGGUCGUAAAGUUAUCAGUUACCUCUCACCACUCAAGGUACAGAAUUACCUGACAAUAUCAGUUGAUAUUUCGUGUAAAACAGAAGAUUUGAAACAAUGGACAUUAACAAGUGAUCUAGCAAAGACUGGAGAAUAUACAAAACUAGCAACAAUAGAGCCAGAUGAUGUUUAUUAUCUCCCUUUGUUUGUAGCCUACAACUGUCCAGUCUUUGUUACACCAUCAGAUCUAGGAUAUGAGCAAACAUAUAAUUCCAUCUGGUGGAAAGAUUUAAUCCAGGAAAAAGAAAAACAUAAAUAUUUUAUCUGUCAAUCAGAAGAUUCAGAAAAAAAGAAUUUUAAUAUGAAGGUUACUUGUGAAGAAGGGGAUGCGUUAAAACCUGUGGUUAAAAUACCAAGAAAUGUACCGUAUUAUAAUAUCUGUCUAUAUCCUCCUGUUACUCUACAUAAUUAUCUACCAUAUGAUAUCAACUUCUCACUAGAGGGAGCCAGUAUGAGUAGUUUAACACAUGGAGACCAAACACCAUUAUAUACAGUAGAUCUUAACAAAACUUCUAAACUCUUUUUACAUAUCUCAGACUAUCUGGGCUCGGAGUGGACAGGUAACCUUGACAUUACUGGUGAAAUGGAACAGUUCAAGGCCAUCUCUAUGGAGACAGAUGUCGAUGAAGAGACUGUGAAUAAACAUCUUAGUUUAAGUAUUCACUCAGAUUUGACUCAUUCAUUAGAUGUAUAUAUAUAUUGUCCGUACUGGAUUAUCAAUAAAACAGAACUACCACUACAUCUCAGAGGUUCUAAUUCCGAAGUGGUUUUAGAUAUUGGACCUGUGCCUCAUCCGAUGCUAUUCAGAUUUAAAAAACAUACGCGUAAGAAGGCAAAACUAAGACUGUACGAUUCACGUUGGUCCCAAUCAUUCUCCAUGGAUACAGUUGGUAGUUGUGGUGUUAUUGUUUGUCAUGAUAAAGAACGAGGCAGAAAACACAUGUUUAUGGUACAAAGUCAGAUGUCACAGUUACAACUAACGAAGAUAGUUACAAUAUUACCAUUCUUUCUCGUAGUCAAUUGUAGCAGUAGAAAAUUACGUUUUAUGGAGGAAAAUGAAGCAGCUGAUUUAUGGUUUGACAUUAACACGACUCAGUACCUACCAUUUUGGCCAGUAACUGAUUCAUAUACAAUGUUUGUUAAAUAUGAGAACAGUACAGUGACGUCACAGCAUUUCCCAAUUAAAAAACCUCAUAAUACCGUACUACGUAUGGACCAGGGGUCGGCGAUAUGUGUAGAAGUUGUGGGAGGAACUGAUUCACCGAUAUCGAUUACAUUCCGUGAUUACGAGCGUGGUGAUGCUCCAGUUUCUAUUCAUAAUUUAUGCGAAGACGUCUUUAUUAAAGUUCAUCAAAAAAAUCAAAGUCAGGUGACAUUAUUAUCAGCCAAUCAAAGUGUGUUAUAUACAUGGGAUGAACCAGUGGCAGAAAGAACAUUGAUGUGGAAUGUUUAUGGAAGAAAGAGACCCAGUUAUCCAGCCUUUAUUAAUAGAGAUGGUUUUGGUGAAGUUAGGCUUGAGGUACAAUCAAUGAAGAAAUCUGGUUCUGUAGAUAUACCUGAUUCUGGUAGGGAGAAUACAAUGGAAAGCAGUCCAGAAGAUGAAAGUGACGAAACAGAUGGCCUGUUUGGUCGAAAGAUGGAGAAAUCAUUAGCUGGGCGAACUCGAACAGAUAAAAUGGUCAUAUACUGGGUUUCAUAUCUAGAGGGUCAACAAAGAAUUUUAUUAUUUCUUCAAGAUGAAAGAAUAGCCAAAGCUGUUAGAAAGGCAAAUGUCCAGAGCAUUGACCUUCAUUGUAGGAAAGGGAUCAUACAGAUGAAUGAAGGUGAACAAACAUCCAUGGUUUUAUUUGCUUCAUUCGAUGGACUGCUGGUAUCUAUAAUUAAUGGUAAUUAUGACGAGGUGGCAUUAUUAGGCAUAUGUUCGAGUCCCGCAAUGUGGGAAGUUGAGGUUAACGGUCGAUGGAAGAUGUUGAGUAUCGAAUUAGCGACAUGGUUGGAGGACCAGUGGAAAAAUCAACAGGUUAUGGCAAGUUUGCAAGAUCAAAUAGAGGCUGAUUUAGUCAAGAUGCAGAUGUCAAAACCAUUUAUGGGAUCAUUAAGACGAACAUAUAAUCCUGGUGUAUGGUUACAGUAUCGACAAUCAGAACAUCAUCAAGCUGUACACGCUAAAAUACAAAGAUUACAGAUAGAUAAUCAGUUAUCUGAUGCAUAUUUUCCUACUGUUCUUUAUCCAUCACCUUUACCACCAUAUAUCAUGAAAAAAACAGGUCCUAAACCUUUUAUAGAAGUUGGUAUAAUGAGACGAUCAGUACCUGAAAAACAAGUGGAUACAAUCAGGUACAUGAAGAUUUUGGUUCAAGAGUUUAACAUUAGAAUAGAUAAAGGCUUUAUGUUGUCAGUUUAUGAUGUUUUUGCUCAACUGCAAAAAGUAGAAGAGGAGAGUACCCAGCUGAAUUCUGAUUUAUUACUAGCUCAAAGAUCACUACAAGAGGUAGCCUCUGUCAUGCUAUCCACAAGACCACAUAGAACAUAUUAUGAAUAUCUACAUCUUUCUCCAUUGAAGUUACAUGUUAGUUUUUCAUUGAAUGGAACUCCUCAUCUAAUUAAUACCAAACCCUCUAGUCUGAAAUCGGAUAUAGUAGACUUCUUCCUGAACUCAGUUGGCGCCACUUUUACAGAAAUGAAAGCAGUUGAAUUAAGGAUGGCAUAUUUCCAGCGUAAAGGUGCAUUGUUAUCCAGUGAUCAGCUUCUAGCACAGAUACAGUCUCACUAUACCCAGCAAGCUCUACAACAAGCCUAUGUUCUCAUAUUGGGUUUAGAUGUAUUGGGUAAUCCAUAUGGUCUAGUUAGAGAUUUUACUCAAGGUUUUGGAGAUUUCUUUUAUGAACCUUUCUUGGGUACUGUUCAAGGUUCUGAUGAUUUUGCUGAAAGUUUAGCACGAGGGGUUCAAAGUCUAGUUGGCAAUACAGUUGGUGGAGCUGCUGGUUCAGUUGCCAUGGUAACUGGUUCUGUUGGAAAUGCUUUAGCUGUCUUAUCUUUCGAUGAUGAUUACAGAAGAAAAAGAAGAGCAAGGAUGCAGCAACAGCCAAAGCAUCUACCAGCUAGUUUAGUUGUAGCAGCUAGAUCACUAGUUAUAGGAUUAGGAGUAGGAUUCUCCGGCAUUAUUCUUGACCCUGUUAAAGGUGCUAAUGAGGAAGGUGUUGAAGGAUUUUUUAAGGGUGUUGGUAAAGGGAUUUUAGGUUUAUUAACUAAACCUGCUGGAGGUGUUAUUGAUAUGGUCAGCAUGGCUUUUGAUGGAAUUCGCAGGGCAGCUGAAUCUGAAGAGGGUGUAAUAGCCAGAACUAGAUUACCUCGAUUUAUAAACCCAGCUAUUGGCUUACGACCAUACUCGCCAUAUAGGGCAGCUGGUAAACGUUUAUUAGGGACUCUACGAAAGGCCGAGUUUGUGAAAGGAGAUAUAUAUUGGUCUCAUGCUCCUUUAAGUAAAGAAGAAAAGGCUGAUAUUUUUAUGCUAACUGAUAGACAUUUAAUGAUUGUGGAGCGUUGUAGAUUUUGGGGUGGCUGGGAAGUAUGUUGGCAUGUGAAUAUUGAUGACUUGUUGGGUGUUCCUGCCAUUGUUGAAGAUAAACUCAUUUUCAAAAUAAGACAGGAUGAUGGCCAUGUUAGUUUAUUUGGUGGAAGUGAGAAAGAGGUCAAAAGUCCUGAAGCUGAUAUUUUACCAUGGAUACAGAAACAAGUGGAACUGGUUAUAAAAUACAGAGUAUUAUAAGAUAAUCUGACAUUUUUACUGGAAACGUUUUCAUCAGAAAUCACUCCUUCAAUUCCUGUCUACGUCAUUAAUUUAAGGAGGUGAAUCUGCAGAAAUGGAAGAAUUUCAUGGUUUAUCUAUGAUACAAAUUGAUCCUUUGUUUACUUUUCUGCAAAUUGAAGUGAAGCUGCAGAAAAUCGUCUGAAAUCAAAACUGGCAAAGAAGAUUUGCAAGCUGAAGUUGGCAAAAAAAGAAUAAAUUUUUGUAUUAUUUUUCUUCACUUUUUUUUUUGUCCAGACAAAAACUUCUUUUUUGAUCAGUUCAUUUAAUUCCCCAAAUUGUUUCCCCCCAAAAAAGAAGCUUUAUUUGGUACCAUUUAUGUUUUAAGAAUUUCAAUUGUUUUAACUGUUGAAGGGCCCAACAUUUUUGUAAACCCAUUUGUUAUGUUAUUGAUCUUCAUUUCAUUCCAUUGUAAAUAACCAUGACAAAUUUGUGAUUUCACCGUCAAAAUAUGAAAUCGAAUUCUGAUUUUAAGAUUUCUUUUUGUUUCUCCAACAAGUAACUUUUUUUUUAAAAUUUUUAUUUCCAGUGCAAUAUUUUUGUUAUGUUUUUCAUAUUACUUUGUUAUAAAAUGAUAUAUAUAUAUGUUUUUGACUCAGGAUAGCAAAUCUUAGAGCAACUGACCUCAUCACUUUAGUUUAACCAAAAUGAAGGAGCUCUUACUCUUUACCAGACUGAAAAUUCAACAUUUCUCUGUUACUGCAAAAUCUUGACAAAUGAAUGAGAUCUCUUUUGUUAUCAAAUCAGACUGAGAAUUGCUGUAUAAUAAUUUAUGUUAUAGUGAAAUGUUGAUCACUUACCUCUAUAAUCUAGUGAAAAUGUAGACAUGGAUAAUCUUACUCAUGGCGAUAGCAUGGAAGUUAAAUACUUAUCUCCAAUCGCAUAUUGAAACAGAAGUAGCCUACCCCAAUUUCAUAUACAUUUAGUUCUAAAGAACAAUGAAAAAAAUGUUGCUUAGAAUCUUCUACACAUCUGAUUCUCUAAAAUAUAUCUGGGAUGGCUACUUUAAGUAUAACAUUAAAUAAUAUGUGAUAUAUUGUCCUAAUUGUUAUAUACAUGAUACACUUCAAUGUUAUAUACAUGUGCUGGUAGUGUGUAAUUUAAUAUACACUGGCGACACAAGAAUAUGAUCAUAAGUAGGCAUGGCUACAUAGAAGGUAGUCGUAUAUAAUACAAUAUUUUUAUAUAGAGAGAGAGAGAGAGAGAAAUGAGGUUUAACGUCCACUCGACACAAACUAGGUCAUUUUGGGACUAACAUAUGGUCUAAUUUUAUUUCAAUAAUUCGCUUGUGCAUAGGGGUCUUUAGCAGUGGGAGGAAACCGGAGGACCCGGAGAAAACCCACGAGGUUGGACAGGCGACCCUACUCCUUGUCAUGUACAACCGGGGAUUCGAAACCACGCCAGUCGACUCGAUGACAGGCUUAAUGUAUAUAGACAUAUAAGCUUAGCACCUGCUUAGUACUUACUCUUCCUUAAACUCUUGAUCCCAGCCUAAGGAUAUUAUGCACCAGCUAGUAUAGCUAAUCUAACAAUGGCAAAAAGAUAAAUAAAAUACAGUUCAUGGAGUCUGAAUAAAAAUGAAAUAGUAAAUAUAUGUAUAAAAAAUAUUAAUAAAUCAAUUAAUUACACUUACGAAAGCAAAAUAUACAAUCUCAUUUUCUUAAUUAAAUAGUAAAUUAUACAGUUGAAGAAAUUUUAGCAUGGAUUAUACAGUGGAAAAUUAGAUAUUGUCAAAAAUGCAAUGGGGAUCAGCAUCCAUAGUGAUGUACUGUGCAGUAUUAUGUACAGGUUUAUCAAUUUAGAAAUUAUGUAAGUUGUAUUAUUUUAAGAUUUAUAAGGGUUCAUAAUAUGGAUAUUACAAAUUAAAUUUAUAAUGUUAAAACACAUCCAUAUCUUUAUAUUUUAUAUAUUAUGAAAUAUGUUAAAAUAUAAUAUAAGCAUUAUGU